AUGGACCGCAGAAGCAGCAUCGCCGACCGUGCCACCAUGGACAACCCCCACGCAGUAUCCUGCUCGGUGCAGCGGCUGCUUAUGCUUACUGUCUGCGAACAAACCCGAAAGGAGCCCGGAGACAUGCAAAGCCAGGCUUCCCGCUGCAAGUCAGACAGAAGGCACGGGCAAUUCUCGUUAGGCAAGCUCCUGGCAGUCUGCACACGAAACUCUCCUCAUCUGUUGUUGGGCGGCCCGGGCGGGGAGUCACGCUGCUCCCCAGAUGGUAGGCAGCUGCGAGCACCAACGGCAAACAGCAAAUUGCAAGAUGUGGACAGUCGCGAGACGAUGUCGGGAGACCGCCUUGAACCAACACUACUACUGCAUACUAUCAUUACUAUCACCGGUUUCGCCUCUAUCCCUUUUACUGUGCAACAAGUGACACUGGGCCCACGUUGGCACGGCCACUGUUUCGGCUCGCUACUCUUACAGCUACAAGGAUGA